GCCAGUGCGCAAAUUUCCAUCCUAUCGAUAAGCGCCCGCUGUCCGCAAUCCCGGCAGUCCGAGCGCGUGCCUGCCGCGGGUGGGUACCGCUCGAACCUGCCGGCGGGCUGCCCUUGGGUCAAGAUUCUGGCAAUUGCUUUGCCUGGGUAGGAUCGGCAGCGUCUUUCCAAUCACUUUCGCGGGGCUGUUCAGGGCUUGGCGCCUUGGUGGGCUGGCAACUGGCCUGGUUCGCAACAAGCUCCCCAGGUUCUUUGGCUUGCGGCUUGUUGCUCGUCGUCGGAUUUUUUCUAUUCUCACCCACUGCACUUUCCACCCCGAUUUUGACCGUUGGCACAUCAUGGGAUCGUCUGAUGGUCCGGGCCGUUGACACUUCCGGCCGCGAUAUGUAAUGUGCGUUGGAGCAUGGGCGUACUGGCACUGCCAUGCUCGCAGCACUGCGUGACGGCGUGAACCAGCAGCAAUCAUGACUAUCAUGGACCCGGCUUCGACGUCGUUUCCAUCGCCGCACCCCAUGCAUCAACAUGGGCCUCAUCCACACCAACACCCACACCUCGCCCAUCAUCAGCCGCCGCCGCCUCCCACGCAACAGUCGCAACACUUCCCCAUAUCCACCCUGCCCUCACACGCCGCCAUCAACGGCCUUGCCGUGCUCGACGCUCCCGACCCCUCCGUCUUCCAUCCUCAUCAACAUCAGCACCCCCACGCGGCGCACAUCCAGCGCCUACAAGAAGUCUCAACCGUGCCCAUCGUCCAGGAUGCCAACGGUUUCAGCGCCCAUUCGCAUCCACAACUGCAACAACAAGACAGCUUCGAUAGCGACCAGCAGACGCCAUCACACCUGCAUCACCACUCCGUCCCGAACCUCCACCAACGACAGCAAACCCCUCACCAAACCCCUCACCAGCAUCACCAUCAGCUCGAUGCGCCUCCUGCUCCUCCGCCGCCAGCCCCGCCGCACUCGGCUCCACCGAGUCAUGGCCAGUUCAGCAUCCUGACGCCGAACGCUGUACAGAGCAACACCAUCGCACAACUGCAACAAGAGGAGGAUUUUCUGGCCCAGCCCGCUGCGGCCUCAUCGACGUCCGAGACCGCCGAGCAACAUCCGGAAAGACCGCACGGCCAGCUGAUCAACAAAAUCGUUGUUGAUCCCCCCGAUCUUGACGCAUGGCGCCAGAAGCUAUUCAACGUCGACGAUACCAUUAUCUUGACCAAUGACGAGUUCGAGACAUAUUUCCCACAUAUCGACAAUGUUUACUCGCACCGCUCAACUCAGAAGUACAAGCGCAAGCCCUUCGUGUCCCACUACUGGGAUUGCCGCAUGAAGGGUCGGCCGCCAGGUACGCCCAAAUCCGACGACCCGUCCAAGAAGAAGCGAAAACGCAACGCGCGCGAGAGGGACUUGUGUGAUGUCAAGAUCAAGAUCACCGAGUAUUUUGCGGGGGCUACGCUUCAGCUGGAUGACGCCAAUGGAAAUCCGGUCCAGCCCGGCGCAUAUCCCUCGCCGCAGCAGCAAGCUUAUAGCUCUGAUCGUUUUGGGGGUCAACCUGGAGCCAACGGCGAAAAGUUCUGGACUAUCCAACGAGUAAAUGGCAACGGCGGCAACGGAAAGGGGGAUGGCGUGGCUGGCCCGCAUAAACAUUCACUGGAAAAGAGCGACGAGAUCAAGAAGUCCACCGUCCAACGUUUUAUCAAUGCGCAAGAGAAGGAGGCGAAGAAAACCCUGAAGCCUUUCCAAAGGAAACCCUCAGGACCUGCUCAAUCCACGGCGAAAAAACACGCCAAGGAUCACGAGCUCAAGCUUUAUGCCGCCUGUUUCUGUCCCUUUUCUCAACGGGUUUGGAUAGCUUUAGAAGUGAAAGGCACACAGUACCAGUAUUGCGAGACCGACCCGUUUAAGCGGCCAACGCAGUUGCUUGAAGCAAAUCCUCGAGGACUUGUUCCAGCAAUCCGUGAAGGGGAGUGGGCGAGUGGCGAGAGUUCCAUUAUUCUUGAAUAUCUUGAAGACCAUGACCAUCGAGUGCCGCUGUUUCCAACAGAUCCGCGGUUAAAGGCGAAUUGCAGGUUAUGGAUAGACCAUAUCAACGCAAAAAUCGUGCCGUCGUAUUUUGCUCUCCUGAGGGCAGCCGACGUAACAAAACAAACCGAAUGUAUAGAAAAACUUCAAGCUGACAUCACGGCCCUGGUCCAAGCCGCUGACGAGCGGGGUCCAUACUUCCUCGGAGGCGACCUGUGUCUGGUAGACAUCCACUUCGCCCCCUUCGUCCUCCGUCUUUCGCGGAUGCUGAGCGAACUCCGCAGUUGGAGCGACCCGAUGCCGGGAACGCGGUGGCAUCAAUGGGUCGAGGCGCUCGAGCAGAAUCCGCACGUACAGGCCACCACAAGCACAAAGGACCUCUAUCUGGAAACGUUUGAUUUAUUUCUAAAAAGUUGAAUAGCCUCGCAGCGAAACUGUUUUGAGUUAGGUACUUUGGGGGAGUCCGUCUUCUGUACGAUGACAUGCACCUUGACUGUUGUGAGAUUGUUUUCGGGGCAGAGGGAGGAAGGGAUGACUAAGUGGACAUAUUUUGGGAUGGGAUAUAGAUCCGGGCAAGGGGUAUUAUACAUACGUGGGGCUAGAACCUUUUACAUGGGAAGGGAAAGGUUUUGCUGGUUGUUUGCGUUCGUCUGGACUGGGAAAAAUAGUCCACUGGAGGAUGGGUUGUUCAAUCUACCCGUGGUAUGUGUGGAGUCAUGGCUGCCUGGUUUAUCGUAGGCGAGAUCUAGCUCGCUGUAUGUAGGGGAAUAGGCAUUGAGCGCAUUCUUAAGUAAGAACCAGGUGUCUAAGAGACGUUGAGUGGUAACACGAGCCUACUUAUCAAGGUGAAUUUGGAGACUCCAGCCGCCUUCACUGUAAAGCUAUGACAUUUUAUCAAUGACGAG